UGCAGAGAUCGGCGCUGGGACGGAACCCGGGUUCCUCUCAAACCCGGAAUGUGAGGCUUCGGCCCUUCUGUCUACUGCUCUCUGUUCCGCUCUCUACCCGCGCCUGCGUCUGCUGCCGCUUCGCCGCAGCUCGCCCACUAGGAACCAGGGCGGCCGUGCCCUUCUGCCGCGUGCCCGCGUGGCUGCCGCCGCCCCUCCGAAUCCUCCGGGGCCGCAGAGGAGUUCGCUACGGAGGGAGGCGGGGGCCUUCGGGAGGAGGAGGCGGAGGAGGCGGAGGAGGAGGGAAGGAAGAUGGCGGCCGUGGAACUAGAGUGGAUCCCAGAGACUCUCUACAACACCGCCAUCUCCGCUGUCGUGGACAACUACAUCCGCUCCCGCCGAGACAUCCGCUCCUUGCCCGAGAACAUCCAGUUCGAUGUUUACUAUAAGCUUUACCAACAGGGACGCUUAUGUCAACUGGGCAGUGAAUUUUGUGAAUUGGAAGUUUUUGCUAAAGUAUUGAGAGCUUUGGAUAAAAGACAUUUGCUUCAUCAUUGUUUUCAGGCUUUGAUGGAUCAUGGUGUUAAAGUUGCUUCAGUCCUGGCCUACUCAUUCAGUAGACGGUGCUCUUACAUCGCAGAAUCAGAUGCUGCAGUAAAGGAGAAAGCCAUUCAGGUUGGCUUUGUUCUAGGUGGCUUUCUUUCAGAUGCAGGCUGGUACAGUGAUGCUGAGAAAGUUUUUCUGUCUUGCCUUCAGUUGUGUACUCUACAUGAUGAGAUGCUUCAUUGGUUUCGUGCAGUAGAAUGUUGUGUGAGAUUGCUUCAUGUACGAAAUGGAAACUGCAAGUACCAUUUGGGUGAAGAAACAUUUAAGUUAGCUCAGACAUAUAUGGAAAAACUGUCAAAACAUGGCCAGCAAGCAAACAAAGCUGCACUCUAUGGGGAACUGUGUGCACUCCUAUUUGCAAAAAGUCAUUAUGACGAGGCUUAUAAAUGGUGCAUUGAAGCAAUGAAAGAGAUUACAGCAGGCUUACCAGUUAAAGUUGUGGUUGAUGUUUUGAGGCAAGCAUCUAAGGCUUGUGUAGUAAAACGUGAAUUUAAGAAGGCAGAACAGUUAAUUAAACAUGCAGUAUAUUUGGCACGGGAUCAUUUUGGAUCCAAACACCCAAAAUAUUCUGAUACACUGCUAGAUUAUGGGUUCUACUUACUCAAUGUAGAUAAUAUCUGUCAGUCUGUUGCAAUUUAUCAGGCAGCCCUUGACAUUCGACAGUCAGUGUUUGGUGGCAAAAAUAUCCAUGUAGCAACUGCUCACGAAGACUUGGCUUAUUCUUCUUAUGUUCACCAGUAUAGCUCUGGGAAAUUUGACAAUGCACUAUUUCAUGCAGAAAGAGCUAUUGGUAUCAUUACCCACAUCCUACCUGAAGACCAUCUUCUUUUGGCUUCCUCAAAGAGGGUGAAAGCACUUAUUUUAGAGGAGAUUGCUAUUGACUGUCAUAAUAAGGAAACUGAACAGAGGUUGCUUCAAGAAGCUCAUGAUUUGCACCUGUCUUCACUUCAACUAGCUAAAAAAGCUUUUGGGGAAUUUAAUGUACAGACUGCAAAACACUAUGGUAACCUUGGAAGACUUUAUCAGUCAAUGAGAAAAUUUAAGGAAGCUGAAGAAAUGCACAUUAAAGCAAUUCAGAUUAAAGAGCAACUUCUUGGUCAAGAGGAUUAUGAAGUAGCCCUUUCAGUGGGACAUCUGGCUUCUUUAUAUAAUUAUGACAUGAACCAGUAUGAAAAUGCUGAGAAACUUUAUUUGCGAUCCAUAGCAAUUGGGAAGAAACUUUUUGGCGAAGGCUACAGUGGACUUGAAUAUGAUUACCGAGGUCUCAUUAAACUUUACAACUCCAUUGGAAAUUAUGAGAAAGUGUUCGAAUAUCACAAUGUUCUGUCUAACUGGAACCGGUUGCGAGAUCGACAGUAUUCAGUGACCGAUGCUCUUGAAGACGUUAACACCAGCCCCCAGUCCACUGAAGAAGUGGUGCAGUCCUUCCUGAUUUCUCAGAAUAUUGAGGGACCAAGCUGCUGAGGGAGGACCUCAGUUAACCAAUUAUCUUUUUCCCAGAUUCCAGGGAAUUCAUACUGUGAAAUCAAAACCAUGUUGUUUUGGGGGCUGGAAUUUGCAUUGAAACACUGGUCCAGUCCAUUGAAAGCCCUAUUUUGGGUAAUCCCUAUCUUGCAGAGUGUCCGUAGAAUAAGCAUAUAUUCAGUUAUAUUCAGCAUGUAUCGCAUGUAUAAGUAGUCUGGCCCACAUUCUCAACCUAGUAGAACAAACAACAAAAAUCUUUUUUUUUUCUUUCUUUUUAAAAAAAUAAUUCAUUUUCAGAAAGCCUGAAAGGAAAAAAAAAAAAAAAGAACCCCUGAAUAAAACUAUUUAAGA